AUGAGGCAAAAAUUAGGAUAUCUCAUACAUUUUGAUAAGAAGAGUGAAAGAAGUCAAAGUUUACAAAUCAAAAAAUUUGCCAUGAUAUCUACAAUGUUGAAUCAAUUAUCUGAAAAUUCUCAAUGUUGCUAUAAACCUGAAGUGUUUAUUCCAGUUGAUGAGGAGUUACAACCAUCAAAGACUGGAUUUAGAGUUACACAUUACAUGCCAAACAAGCCAGAUAAAUUUGGAAUAAAGUUCUAA